UGUCAGCGCGAUUGUUACGUUGUUGUUUUGUAGUGGUCAGUUUUCCCAUUAAAAUGACGAAUACUUACCACGCCGCAUCUUGGUUCUCCUCUCUAUCUCCAGACGACAACCGUGACAUCUGUCUUUUCUUCUCACAAAUGAUGGGGAUCUGGGCCUGUUCCCGGGAGAGCGGUACAUCUUUCUCAUCAGACUUGUUAAAGCUCUACCGCCAUGGUGACCGAUCCCCAGUCAAAGCCUACCCCACUGAUCGCUACCAGGAGAGCUCUUGGCCACAGGGCUUUGGACAGCUCUCGCAGGAAGGAAUGAGGCAGCACUUUGAGCUGGGACAGGUGCUGCGGAAACGCUAUCAGGGUUUUCUAAAUGACACCUAUGACCGACAUGAGAUUUCUGUGAGGAGCACAGACUAUGACCGGACCUUGAUGAGUGCAGAGGCCAACCUGGCAGGAUUGUACCCUCCCAAUGGGUCACAGGUCUUCAACCCAUCACUGGAGUGGCAGCCUAUUCCUGUUCACACUGUACCCCUGGAUGAGGAGAGGUUUUUGUCAUUUCCCAUUCCGGGUUGCCCUCGUUAUAAAAUCCUCAUGAUUGAGACUGAACGCACAGAAAAGUACCUCAACAUGACAUUCCAAUACAAAGAUCUAAUAGCGAUGGUACGGGAGAAAACUGGUCUGACGAACACCACCAUUGAGACUGUUUGGAGUGUCCAUGACACCCUGUUCUGUGAGGCAAGGCACAACAAGACCGCUCCUGACUGGGUGACCCCUGAGAUCAUGGAUGAUCUGAGGAAGCUCAAAGACUUUGGCUUUGAAAUCCUGUUUGAGGUCUACAAGCAUCAGGAGAAAAGCUGUCUCCAAGGAGGUGUCCUCUUGGGUAGCAUUGUAAAUAACAUCUCGGAGUCUGCACGUCCUGACUCCAAUCGCCGUCUGAAGAUGAUGAUGCUCUCUGCGCAUGACACCACCAUUGUGGCUCUGCAGUCAAGUUUGAGUAUCUUCAAUGGAAAGCAGCCACCCUAUGCCUCCUGCCACAUAUUUGAACUCUAUCAGGAGGACAACGGAUCAUUCACAGUGGCCAUGUUUUAUCGCAAUGACACCACAAGAGCGCCUUACCAACUGGCUAUACCUAGCUGUGACCUCUUCUGCCCCCUGGAGGACUUUGUGCGCCUCACCAAACCAUCCAUCCCAGAGGAUUGGGACAAGGAGUGCAUGGUUGAGUCUCCUACAAAGGAUACAGAAUGUCCAUGGACUGGUGGAGACGGGCGCCACGAGGCAUCCAGUGCGGUAAUGCGGCCGAUCCCGGAGAAGCUGGCGGGAGCCCUGGAAUGGGUUUGCCACGAGGGAGGGGCCCAAGCCCUGGAAAGCGUUGCUGUUUCGGCGGCAUUCGGUGAGCUCUCCCUGGCUCUUGAAAGUCUGGGGGAGAGGGUGUAAAUCUCACGCCGGGCAAUAUUCCUUUACUAUAUCCGCAGCAGGUCUCCAAGGUGAACAGCCUCUGGCAUGUUAUAACAAUGUAGGUAAGGCAAGUUGGCAAAAAAGAUCUAACUUCGGGAUAAGGAUUGGCUCUAAGGGCUGGUUCCGUCAAGCUGGGGUGCGAAGUGGGGCUGGGCUCGAACCGCGGCUGGGGGAGCAGUCCCUCCGUCACCCUCUCACCACCAUUUAAUUGUGUGGUCCAUCUUGUGGUCUCGCAAGGGGCUGCGUGCUGGGAUUCGUUGGGAUGGUGUCCGUCGGCGGGCUGAAGGUGGACUGGUGGGGGAUUGGUGGCGGCAACUCGAAGCGCGCCGGGCCCUUCUCGCGGAUCUCUCCAGCUAUGGCGCUCGCUUGCCCCACGCAUUGUAGGUGGCGAGGUCGCCUCAAGUCUAGUGAGCGUAGAGGAGACUAGACCCAAUGGCCCUGCAGUGAUAGGGCAUUGCAUGGAUCUGGCUCAUGCCCUACGAAGUGGGGAGAGGUAUCUCCAGCUUGUCUGGGGAGGGAGGCCUACGUCUGUGGGUAGUACCAUCCAUGCCCAGGGAUUUGUAUGUAGCAGAGCAGCUCACUCGCUGCAAUCUAUUGAAAGUCAGCCCUCGAGCACUCAGGCCAUGGAUGUUGGUGUGGGGACAGCAGAAAAAGCGGGCGGAUCACCCAGAGCCUGUUUUUGAAUUACCACGUGCACAGAGCCUGUUUCGACAGCGGGACUGUAGACGUUUUAGUAAUUCCAGGGAGUAAGCCAAGGGAAAGGGGUGUUGACCGGGUAGGGAGAGUAGGUGUGGAGGUCUGUAGUUCCAGGGAGUAAGCGAUCCACACUAAGGCCCAGGGAGAGGGCAGGCAGAGAGUAUAGGCCUAGAGACCAGGAAUCAGAGGUCAUCAGGUCAAUAGGGGGCCUGCCUGGAGGUCAGGAAGGCCCAAGUGAAUAGGUGUGUGUGACACUGUCCUUCAGGGGUGCAGAGCAGGCAACUUAAUGUAAAAUCGUUUGAUGAAAGUGGACCAACUGAAGGGUGUGCAAUGUGUAGGCCCACUGAGUGUACAUUCUGAACCUUGUUUGAAGUCAGGUCACAUGACCAAGGAGCUAUUGAAAUUCAAAUGUAAAAAAAGUUUGUACAUUGUUUACGCUCCCUAACUAAUUCAACUAGGAAUACAAAAUGCUGCUCACAUGUUUAUUAGCUUUGCAAAGUGAAUUAAUGUCCAAAUUGUGAAAAUAAGACCUGUGCUGUAACACAAACUCUAACCAUGAAUGAAAGUCCAAUGUUGGUAGUGACUGCCCAUUACUGCUUAACAUUUAUUAACCAUUAUUCAUAUUACUUUACUAUAAUUUUAAGCGCUCCGCACUACCUGUAAUUUAAUUUGCAUGUGUUCAUCCCAUUGUGUUUUCAUGGGCAAUGAGUAAUUUAUAAUAGGGCCUAUUGUUUAACCAGACAUCUGAUUCAAGUUGUCCAACUGGUUUUUGUAGACAUCAUGGCCCCAAUAAUCAUGUCUCCAUUUUAUCACAUCGCUACGUGACGGACUGGAGAGUAAUUCAUAUCUGUAAUAUUUUGAGUUAAAUCAUUAACAAUUGGUUUCACCGUAGUGCUUGAAUUAUGCUGUUUAACAUAAAAUCAUUAAUGUCCUGAUAUGCUGGAAAUUAGUUGUAAGAAUUUUUUGCACUGGGAAUUCGCAAUACUUUAUUUGAUUUGAGUCAUUGUUUGCAUAUGGAUUGCUUAAACUGCAUUUUGAGUGUCUUAUCAAUAAUGUUUUCUUAUUGCACCUUUUCAAUAAAUGGUUCUGUUCUUAAAAUGUA